UCCCUGCAGCCAUGGCCGCCGCCGCCGCCGCUGGCGGUCCUGCGGCGCCUCUGUCCCCGGACGAAUUGCUUCCGAAAGGCGAUUCCGAGAAGACUGAAGAGGAGCUGGAGGAGGAAGACGACGAGGAGCUAGAUGAGACCCUGUCGGAGAGACUGUGGGGUCUGACGGAGAUGUUCCCAGAGAGGGUCCGGUCCGCGGCUGGAGCGACUUUUGAUCUCUCCCUCUUUGUGGCUCAGAAAAUGUACAGGUUUUCCAGGGCAGCCUUGUGGAUUGGGACCCCUUCCUUCAUGAUCCUGGUUCUUCCUGUCGUCUUUGAGACUGAGAAGUUGCAAAUGGAGCAGCAACAGCAACUGCAGCAGCGGCAGAUACUUCUAGGGCCUAACACAGGGCUCUCAGGAGGAAUGCCAGGGGCUCUACCUUCACUUCCUGGAAAGAUCUAGAUUGCCACUGCUAGAUGACUUGUCUCAGUGGGACAAGUUUGAAAAUUCCAUAGUGUUUGAACUGCUGAUUAUUUGGAUUUUUUUUUCUUUUUUUUAACUUUGGCACAUUGAUCUAUCUAAACCUGGUGGGGAGAAUUCUCCCCAGUGUCUCAGGGAGACUCCCAACUUGCAACUGUGCCCUCCACGCUGUCCCCAUUUCUUCUGUUCUCACUCUGAUACGAGUUCAGG